AUGUUUGGUAUCGCCACAGCUCUCGCAGUGAAGUAUCAUGAAAAUUCUAUCGCUCCCGCCCAGCUUCGGCGAAUAUAUUUCAUGCUUCAUCUUACUGAUGGCAAUUAUCUUGGCUCUAACAACAGCGGUGUAUUGCAUAAAGCACCCGGGAUAUCUCAUUGUUAG